CUGAUAUUAUUACCCAUCAAUGCCGCUUUUAAAUCAAGAAUCACCCUUCCUUAUUUAUUGAAAAUUGCUACUAAUUCAUUUUCGUAUUCACUUGGAUAUCCAGUUCACUCUCUGUUUCUCUCUCUCGGAUCGGAAAAUAAAGAUCUAUAAUGGGUGUGCCGCCAAACAAUCACGACAUGGAGGAGGGGACGCUGGAGAUGGGCAUGGAGUAUAGAACUGUGUCUGGAGUUGCAGGACCUCUGGUUAUCCUCGAUAAAGUAAAGGGGCCUAAAUAUCAAGAGAUUGUCAAUAUCCGUCUAGGAGAUGGAACCACCCGACGUGGCCAAGUUCUAGAAGUUGAUGGAGAAAAGGCUGUUGUUCAGGUUUUUGAAGGAACAUCUGGAAUUGACAAUAAAUACACAACGGUGCAAUUUACUGGAGAGGUUUUGAAAACUCCUGUCUCAUUGGACAUGCUUGGGCGCAUAUUUAAUGGUUCUGGGAAACCCAUUGAUAAUGGUCCUCCUAUUUUGCCUGAGGCUUACUUGGACAUAUCUGGGAGUUCUAUCAACCCCAGUGAGAGAACCUAUCCCGAGGAGAUGAUACAGACAGGGAUUUCUACAAUUGAUGUCAUGAAUUCCAUUGCUAGAGGACAAAAAAUUCCACUUUUCUCUGCUGCCGGUCUUCCCCAUAAUGAAAUAGCUGCUCAGAUAUGUCGCCAGGCUGGCUUGGUCAAGCGAUUGGAGAAGUCUGAAAAUCUUCUUGAGGAUGUGGAAGAAGAUAAUUUUGCCAUUGUAUUUGCAGCUAUGGGUGUAAAUAUGGAGACUGCACAGUUUUUCAAGCGCGAUUUCGAGGAAAAUGGCUCGAUGGAGAGAGUGACCCUUUUUCUGAAUCUGGCAAAUGACCCUACAAUUGAACGUAUUAUCACUCCUCGUAUUGCCCUUACUACUGCUGAAUAUUUGGCUUAUGAAUGUGGGAAGCAUGUUCUUGUCAUUCUUACAGACAUGAGUUCUUAUGCCGAUGCUCUUCGCGAGGUGUCUGCUGCCCGUGAAGAAGUGCCGGGAAGGCGUGGGUAUCCUGGGUACAUGUACACUGAUUUGGCAACAAUAUAUGAGCGUGCUGGAAGAAUUGAAGGGCGGAAAGGUUCCAUAACACAAAUUCCAAUUUUAACCAUGCCUAAUGAUGACAUUACGCAUCCCACCCCAGAUCUUACAGGAUAUAUUACUGAGGGGCAAAUAUACAUUGACAGGCAGUUGCAAAACAGACAGAUAUAUCCCCCAAUCAAUGUCCUCCCAUCCCUGUCUCGUCUGAUGAAGAGUGCCAUUGGUGAGGGUAUGACUCGCAAGGACCAUGCUGAUGUAUCCAACCAGCUAUAUGCAAACUAUGCAAUUGGGAAGGAUGUGCAGGCAAUGAAAGCUGUGGUUGGAGAAGAAGCCCUGUCUUCUGAGGACCUGCUGUAUUUGGAGUUCUUGGAUAAGUUUGAGAGGAAAUUUGUGACCCAAGGAGCAUACGACACCCGUAAUAUCUUCCAAUCACUAGAUUUGGCAUGGACACUUCUUCGAAUUUUUCCCCGCGAGCUUCUCCACCGUAUACCUGCAAAGGUCCUUGACCAGUAUUACAGCCGAGAUGCAUCUAAUUGAUAGAGAAAACAAGUCAUAUCUGCUAUUCACCUGCUUAAUCAUCACUGCAUGAGCUCUCCAAUUUGUUAUUUAUUUCUUUCUCCUUGGGUUGCGCAUCUCUCUUAUAUCCAGAACUACAAAUAAGGAUUGUGGUCCGAUUCAAGUCCUGCUUAUUUGAAGCUCUUCAGCUAGUCAAAAUGAUGAGUACUCUGUUAGUGAGACAUCUUAGAUCCUGUAUCCCUGUAAUUUUAUUCUAUUUUUUAGUUCGGAUUGCCCUUCUUUGGUCUGGCUGUUGCAUUUAUUACUCCUUUUUUUAGUUGAGAUGUGAGGAACAAUCGCUCUUUUAGAAUUGAUGAAGCCCCGUCAGAUAUUCUGUUUUGUUCCAUGGUCA